AUGUCUGCCCUCCUCACAGCCGGCAUUGUGGCCGCCCUCGCUGCCUCGCCAGUGGCUGCCUUCUGGCGACUACCGUGCAAAUCCCCGAUUGUGGUUGAGCGGGCCGACCCAAUUAUCAGUCCUGGCAAAGUCUCCAAUCACCUGCACACCAUUGUGGGAGGAAAUGGAUUCGAUUUCACCAUGGACUACAACUCUACCCAGGCAUCUACCUGCUCUUCCUGCACUGUUAUUGGCGACAACAGCAAUUACUGGACGCCCACCUUGUUUUUCCAGCACCAGAAUGGGUCGUUCGAAAGCGUCGACCAAGUCGGGGGUAUGACUGUCUACUACCUGCAGCGUGCCGGCGAGGGAGAAAAGUUGAAGGCAUUCCCGCCAGGUUUCCGCAUGGUGGCGGGAAACCCGUUCAAGCGCACUGCUGGAAAUGACUUUGCCUCUCAAGCUAUCAGCUACAAUUGCCUCGACUAUAAUGGUCCUGCGAAGCCAGAGACCCCGAACUUCCCGAACUACAACUGCCCCAACGGUCUUCGAGCCCAGGUCUUCUUCCCGUCUUGCUGGAAUGGAAAAGACCUCGACUCGCCCGAUCACAUGUCGCACGUUUCUUACCCUGCCAACUCAUACAACUCUGGAAAGUGCCCGCCCGAGUUUCCCGUCCAUCUCAUCUCCCUCUUUUUCGAGGUCAUCUGGGGCACCGGCAAGUUCGCCAACCAAUGGUACGGCGAUUCCCAGCCUUUCGUCUUUUCCAUGGGUGACCCGACUGGUUACGGUGGCCAUGGCGAUUUUGUGAUGGGUUGGGACGAGGAUUUGCUGCAGUCCGCCGUCGAUCAGUGCACGAACGACAGUGGCCGUGUUGAAGAUUGUCCUGUGUUCGAUCUGAUCCCUGAUUCCCAAGCGACAGGCUGCCGCAUUCCGCCGCAAAUUGACGAGCCUGUUAGUGGUAUCCUCGCUGCCUUGCCUGGCUGCAACCCGGUGCAACCCGGUCCUGUUGCAACUCCUCAGUCUGGCUGUGACGCGCCUACUGCCAUCUCACCGUCCACCGCGACAUUUUUUGACGAUAUCACCAGCCAAGGAUGGUCGUACGUGGGCUGCGGCACCGACAACUAUUACAACCGAAUCCUCACUGGCGCAAGCAAAUCAGACGAUCAGAUGACCAACGAGGCCUGUGCUGCUUUCUGUGAUAGCAAGGGUUUCUCCGUAGCUGGGACUGAGUACUCCAAGGAGUGCUAUUGCGGAAACUCCAUUCCUGAGAGCGGCAAGCCUAUCCCUGGCGUUGUUGGGGACUGCACGAUGAAAUGUUCCGGAGAUGACUCUGGCUUCUGCGGUGGUGCUGGCACCAUUUCUCUAUACCAGAAGUGUUCCGGUGACUCCUGUACCAACGCUCAGGUUGGACCAGGCUCUUCUGCUCCUGUCCAGGUCGCCAACCCUCCCCCAGCCGCCUCCGCGCCUGCUUCAGCCCCCGCCUCAUCAAGCGCUGCGUCUACGCCACCUACCUCUGCAACGACGCUCGCCACUGUGACAUCCAAAGCUGCGGCUACGCCUGAUUCUACUGCUUCCACCCUAGUUUCGGUAAAUACGGAUUCAGAUUCUCCCUCAACACCUUCAUCUUCAGACGACGACAGCACUGAUGACGAUUCGUCCUAA